UUUUCAGUAUUGAGUCAGACAGAUGGAGGCCCCCUAGCGACGAUGGGGUGGAACUGCACGCCAAGGUUGAGAAAAGCGAGCAAAAUGGGUGGACGGAAAGUCCCCGUGUGGAAAUCCCCUUGACUUGGAGUUUUUCCUUUUUUUAAAAAACUAGCGCUAGCGAACGAGAACAGUCUUUAGAAAGGCUUCUUCGAGCUGCGAGGGCUCUGUAUUAGAUGUUAUAGUGGAGGGAAAAGAGAGGGUUGAAUGGCGCCGAGAGCCGCAGCGGUGAGGCUGAGUGAAGUGGCUGAGAGAGGACUAGCCUGAGCAUCCGGGAGGCUUUGUUAUCACCCCCCCGACAUAUUACACAGAUUUCACGUUGUCCCAUCAUUGCCAGUUGGGUGUCUCCUCCUCUUCCUCUUCCUCCUCCUUGUCCUCCUCCUCUCCUCCUCCUCGUUCCUCUUCCUCCCCUCCUUCCACUCUCCCGGCCACCCGUCCGCCAUGUCGCAGGGCCAGAACUUCCUCCCCAAAUUCCUGUUUGUGUCCAACCUGCUGAAAGCGGUGAAGAUCCGUCAGCGCGUGCCCAACGACGUGGUGAAGCCGGCAGCCAGUGCCGGCCUCAUGCACCACCUGCGGGGGAUGCACCGCUACACCCUGGAGAUGAUCGCCAUGAACCACUUCCCACAGGCCUUCAGGGAGGUGGUGCAAGCCGCCAUCCUGGACCGGGCCAUGCAGGCCUCUUUGGAGCAGGAGAAGAAGCUCAACUGGUGUCGGGAACUGAAGAAGAUGGUGCCGCUGCGCACCAACGGAGAUGGGAACUGCUUGCUGCACGCAGCUUCCCAGUACAUGCUCGGCGUCCAGGACACGGACCUGGUGCUCCGGAAAGCUCUCCACGGCGUUCUGAAAGAGACGGACACGGCUGUGUUUAAAGCUCGAUUCCAGGCGGAGCUGCUGCAGUCGCAAGAGUUCACCCAGACCGGGCUCAGAUACACCACCAUGAACUGGGAGGACGAGUGGGACAAGAUUGUAAAGAUGGCAUCUCCGGUCUCGAGCAGCAACGGACUCCAGUUCGACUCCCUGGAGGACAUUCACAUCUUCAUACUCUCCAACAUCCUCCGCCGACCCAUAGUCGUCAUCGCAGACCAGGUGGUGAGGAGUAUGAAAUCUGGCUCCUCCAUCUCCCCUCUGAACGUAGGCGGGAUUUAUCUGCCUCUACACUGGCCGCCCACGGAGUGCUACAAAUACCCAAUAGUGCUUGGCUAUGACUCCCAGCACUUCGCACCCCUCAUCACCGUCAAAGACAGCGGCCCAGAGAUCCGAGCCGUUCCACUGAUCAACCCGAAGCGGGUGGGCUUUGAGGAGCUGAAGGUUCACUUCCUGAUGGAGAAGGAGCAGCCGCAGAAAGAGAGGCUGCUCAACGACUACUUGCACCUCAUAGAGAUCCCCGUCAUCGGCCUGGGCCACGAAACCGCGUGGAUCAUGAAAGCUGCGAAGCUGGACGAGGGCAACCUUCCCGAGGACAUGAACCUGAUGGAGGACUACCUGCAGCUCGUCAACCAUGAGUAUCAGCGCUGGGAGGAGGACAAGGAGCAGGCCUGGGCCGCCCAGCCACAGCGACCUCCGCCUUUCUCCGUCUCCCAGCUCUCCCUCAUCGAGAUUCGCUGCGCCACGCCGCGGUGCACCUUCUAUGUCUCCGUGGACACGCAGCCUCAUUGUCACGAGUGCUUCGAGAAACGGCAGGCCACAACAGGGGGCGGGGCCAGGAUAGAGGGUGUGGUCCAGACCAAGGGCGCCGGCGUGCAGGGAGGACUGGGGAUGAUGGGAGGAGCGGAGACCGAGGUGAGCGCCAGAGGAGCCAGGAGCAGCAGUCCGCCUUGCUCUUCCUCCGGGAGGGGCGUGGUGCUGUCGAGUCCCCGCUCGGCCCCGCCCACUGCCCCCAGCCUCAGCCUGUACAGCGAAACUCACGCCAUGAAGUGCAAAACACCUGGCUGCCUCUUCACCCUCAGCGUGGAGCAUGACGGCCUUUGCGAGCGCUGCUUCAACGCCAGGCAGAACCACGGGCCCCCCGGGGCCGGGACGGCCGCCACAGGACUCCCGGGGCCCAACGGGGCGCCCGUCGUUUCCCACCCAGCCCAGGGCUCCGGGUGGACCCAGUGGGGGGGCUGCGACGCGGAGACGGAGCGAUGCAGCAUGUGCCGGCAGGAGGUGUUCAGGAUAUUCAACGGCCUGUGUCCGCCCUGCAUGCAGAGGCAGCAGGCUCCGGAGAGGGGGGAGCCGCAGCAGGGCAACCACAGGACUGAGGCCUCGGCUUGGAACCAGGCCAGAGACACUGAGCAGCCGUGCCUCACCCUCACCCCAGCACACACGUCGGCCUGGCAGACUCCUCUGGCCCAGCGCUGUAAAAGAUCCGGCUGCCAGUUCUUUGGGACUCCUGAGAAAUUGGGUUUCUGCACUAUUUGCUACGUAGACUAUCAGACAAACCACCGCUUGACUCCUCCUCCUCCUGCCCCGGUCCAGAGCCGGCGCGGUUUGGAGACAGGCUUCCAGAACGCCACACGGUGUCGGGGUUCCGGGUCCGGGUGCGGCGCGGUUGGCAAGGCCAUGCUGGAGGGCUACUGUGACAAGUGCUACGUCAAAGAGCAAAGUGCACGUCUUAAUCAAGUUGCACAUCGGACACCACACUCCCCUCCUCUGGUCAUGCGUGACCGAGCAGCUAAACCCAGAUCCUCGCAGCAAUCCCAGACCCAGACCCAGUGCCGGCGGAGCGGCUGCAGCAACGUGUCCCCUGGCUGCACAGACCUCUGCCCCGAGUGCCACACGCGAGGCCAGGGCCGGGAGGCGGGAAGGAGGGCGCAGGCGCCCAAGGAGAAGUCCAAGCAGAGGUGUCGGACGCAGGGCUGUGACCACUAUGCCAACCAAGAGAAACAGGGCUACUGCAACGAGUGCGACCACUUCAAACAGAUCUACCGCGGCUGACCGCGGCGCAGCACACCACAGCGAUGACGACACAUCGGUAGCACGCCAGAGCCACCGCCCUGCAGUGGGCUCCCCAUGCCAGUCAAUGCACCUCUGAUACUAACUAACCAACUAACUAACUAGCUAGUGACUAACUAGUAACCUUAUGGCCUGAAAAAUCAACCCCCUCCCCCCCAAUGUCGAAUG